AUGCUAAAAUUUAUUAUUCCUACGAUUAUACUAAUACCCCUAACCUGAUUAUCAAAAAAUAAUCUAAUCUGAAUUAACUCCACAGCCCACAGUCUCUUAAUUAGUUUCUCAAGCCUACUCCUCCUUAACCAACUCAACGAUAACAGCCUCAAUUACUCACUAAUCUUCUUCUCCGACCCCCUUUCCACCCCACUCCUAAUAUUAACAAUAUGACUUCUUCCCCUAAUACUGAUAGCAAGCCAAUCCCAUCUUAUCAAAGAACCACCUGUCCGAAAAAAACUCUACAUCACAAUACUAAUCAUACUACAAGCCCUCCUAAUCAUAACAUUUACUGCCACCGAACUAAUCCUCUUUUACAUCAUAUUUGAAGCUACACUAAUCCCUACUCUUAUUAUUAUCACCCGCUGAGGUAACCAAACAGAACGACUUAACGCAGGACUAUAUUUCCUGUUCUACACAUUAAUUGGAUCCCUCCCACUAUUAGUAGCACUAGUAUAUCUACAAAACACAACGGGAUCCUUAAACUUCCUACUUCUACAACACUGAGCCAAACCACUAUCCGCCUCCUGAUCUAAUAUCUUCAUAUGACUAGCUUGCAUGAUAGCCUUCCUAGUAAAAAUACCCCUUUAUGGACUACACCUCUGACUACCCAAAGCACAUGUAGAAGCCCCCAUCGCAGGCUCCAUAGUCCUUGCAGCCGUACUACUAAAACUUGGAGGCUACGGCAUACUACGAAUUACAUCCAUGCUUAAUCCCCUAACAGAACACAUAGCAUAUCCAUUCCUCAUGCUUUCCCUUUGAGGAAUAAUCAUGACCAGCUCUAUCUGCUUACGCCAAACAGACCUAAAAUCACUCAUUGCGUACUCCUCAGUCAGCCAUAUAGCACUCGUCAUUGCAGCCAUCCUCAUCCAAACUCCCUGAAGCUAUAUAGGGGCUACCGCUCUAAUAAUUGCCCAUGGCCUUACAUCCUCUAUACUAUUCUGUCUAGCAAACUCAAACUAUGAGCGCAUCCAUAGCCGAACUAUAAUUUUAGCCCGAGGCCUACAAGUCCUCCUACCACUAAUAGCCACCUGAUGACUACUAGCAAGCCUAACAAAUCUUGCUUUACCCCCAACCAUCAACCUAGUCGGAGAAUUACUCGUAGUCAUAUCAGUCUUCUCAUGAUCAAACCCCACUAUCCUUCUAAUAGGAGCAAACAUUGUAAUCACCGCUCUCUAUACCCUAUAUAUACUAAUCAUAACACAACGUGGCAAACACACACACCACAUCAACAAUAUUAUCCCCUCCUUCACACGAGAACAUGCCUUAAUAGCCCUACACAUUAUUCCUCUUCUACUCCUAUCACUAAACCCCAAAAUCAUCUUAGGUCCCCUUUACU